AUGGGAAAAAACAUCGAUUUAGUUAAUUUAGCCUAUUUGUCAUUUAGUUUACGUGCAUCAGAAAAAACUAACUUAACAUGGGAUAUAGCAUAUGAUGAGAUUAAGGAAAUAAAAGAAAUAAUUGAUGAUCAAUCUUCAGAUCAAGAUCAACUUGAAAAGGCACUUAGAUGUAUACCUGAUAAUCCAGUAUUUGACACAGUUUAUACUCAUCCCAAUUUAAAUUUGUAA